AUGAAGCGAAUAAUGACUUUCCUAUACUUUCUUAAGAAUAUUUGUAUAUACUUUUAUAUUUUGCAGAAAAUUGGUCGAAUAGCUUGUUCGUUGUGCGAUCAUUAUGUCAUGGGCAGUUCGUUAUAUGUAAUCGUUUUAGGCCUCAUUGGGACCGUUAGUCUAGUAAUCACGGCUCUUGAUAUAAUACGCACAAUAAAUUAUAAGAGUCGCAGAACAUCGCGCCAUAGACUUAAUCAAGAAGUGCCCUUUACCGUUGAGAGAGACUUGAAGUUGAUGACAUCGAUAUUGGGAAUCGAACAUUAUACAUUAAUUAUGUUAGGAGCCAUCACGGAAUAUCCUAUGCUAUAUACACCUUGGUUAUUGAUGCAACUUUGCGUUAUCAUCGUGGAGAUCAUUGUUUUUUUCGUGAGAUUCUUUCUGGAUGGUUUGCAUAUAAAACGCAACGAAUUAUUGCAAGCGAUAUUUACUUUAUAUAACUGGUUGCAAGUCUUCUGUCUUUUUCAUCGACAAACACGAGCCAUGUAAUGACUUGCUCUU